AUGACUUUAACUCAGAGAUCCAUGCUACUAGUCGUCCUCGUGUCGUGUCUGUCGGCGCUGCCGUUCAGGGCUCUAGUGGCCGCACAGUACGAUGGCUCAGAAGGCGGCGGUGAUGACAAUAGCGGCGGCGGGGGAGGAGGAGGAGGAUAUGGCGGCGUGAAUCUCGUCCUUCACUGGAAGACCGUCAACUCCACAACCGUCAACUUCGCCGCGCAAGCGCUUGCCGGGCCGGUUGCAGAUGGCUGGUUCGCCGUCGGAUGGUCGGGUUCGUCCGGCAGGAUGAUCCCGGGAGAAGCGGUGAUCGGCAAUCUGCCAGGCGGGAAAAUGAAUCCUUAUUACUUGGGCUACUACUCCAUGGCUGAGGUGGUUCCCACGCUUAACUUCAGCAUUGGGAAUGCCGGGACCGAGGCCAUGAUGAACACGAACGCGGACAAUUCAAUCACCAUGAAGUUCUCGCGGUCAGUAAAUGACGGCACAGUGAAGGUGCUGCUCAAGGGAGUCAACUACAUGAUCUGGGCCUACUCGGAUGGAUCUCAGACCCUCUCGCAGCACCCCCGCUCCAACAUGGGAUCCGUGCAGAUAGACUACAGCUGCUCCACGUCUGGCAGCAGUGGCAGCAGCAGCAGCGGGUCCUCCUCCUCCCAGGGCUCCGCCUGCCAGCCCUCCUCCCUCGCGGGCUACAAGUGCUCCACUAAGCUCAGCGGGAAUGCCUACAUCCUGCACUGGGUGGUCAACAAGGACAGCACAGUGAGCAUGGCAGCACAAGUCGCCACCACAGGCUACAUUGGAGUCGGCUUUUCAAAGGAUGGCAAGAUGCCCAACUCUGACGCGGCCAUUGGGAACGUGCCACCUGGCACGCUGGCCAACGGGGCGGCGGUGGGGCCGUAUUACAUGAACGGGCAUGAACUGCAGUCCGUGACUCCUACAGCCAUGUGGAGUGUUACGAACACAUCGGUUACCACUGCAAACGGAUACACUAUAAUGAAGUUCACGCGCAGCAUGGGAACGGGGCAUGUGCCCAUCAAUGCGUUUGGCCCCACCACCAUCAUCUGGGCCUACUCGCCUGAUGGCUCCACCACCCUCGCUGACCACCGCAGCAACUACGGCUCCGCCUCAAUCGAUUUCGUCAAGGGCACGGUGUCAGGCGGGCACGGCAGCAGCACAGCGGCGUACAUCGCCCACGGGGCACUCCUCUCCAUCGCCUUCGCUCUCCUCAUGCCCCUCGCCAUCCUCCUCGCUCGCCUCCUCCUUGCCGACCGCCCCGAUGGUGCCCCUCUCAACCUCAACCAUGCUUCAUACAUUCAUGCCAACGCCGAUGGGAUCGCACCGUCACCCCAGCAGCAGCAGUCCGCAAAGAACCUGCGGCCGAUGGGGUUCCAGUUGCAUCGGGGCAUUCAGGUGUUUGCGCUGGUGGUGGCGGUGGCGGGGAUGAUUGUGAUUAUCAUGCAGGCGGGGUCCAAAGGGUUGAACUGGACGCAUGGGCAGGUGGGACUAGCGGCGGUCAUUCUCGCGCUGGUGCAGGCUAUUGUGGGGUUUGUGCGACCGGAUAAAACCGCGCCGAACCGCUUCAUGUGGCUGGUGGCGCACUGCUUGAUUGGCGCUACUACCAUUGCGCUUGCAUGGGCCGCCAUGUUCCUGGGUAUCGAUCUUUAUCACAGCAAGUUCAUGGAAAACGUCACGUGGUGCUACUGGGUCUGUGGCGUGUGUGUGGGCGUGUUCGGCGUGGCAUACCUGGUGUUGGUCAUUCCGGACAGCAUUCUUUCAUUGAAGGGGCGCAAGGAUCAUGGAGAUGACGGAAAGGGCACAGGCACACCUGCUGCUUUCUAA